CUUAAUCUUUGUUACCCUUUUAUUUUUGUGGUUAUAAUUAUAUUAUCUUCAUUUUGUUUCCUUUUAUGAUUAAUCGAUCAUAUCAGGAUAGAUAUUUCGUUAAGUUUAUAGUUUAAAUCCAGAAUUUUAUGUUUAGAAAAGAGAAUGGGAAGAGUUGAAGUGUUUAACGUCUAUGAAUAUUCCUCACGUCAAGAAAAAAGAAAAAAAACUAUGAAUGGUCCUCUCUCGAUGUCCUUACAUUGGUUAGAGAGCGUUGCAACUACAAUACAUACAUCACUUUCAUCAUAUUUAUUGUCUUUUUCAGAGGUUUUCAUAUUUCGACUGAAUUCUUCAAUUUGCAAUAUUAUGAAUAAUAGAGAAGAUGAUGAAAAAAGGAUAAAGAGAGUGAAGCCAGGGUUAUGCAUGCUCUCACGUUUAGGGCGUGACUCUAAACUAGCGAUUUAGUUUACGGGAAGAAAAAAACAAGAGAGAGAAAUAGAGAAUGAAGUCUUUUGCGGCUAAGGUAGAAGAGGGAGUUAAAGGAAUAGACGGAAAGCCGUCGGUAGGUCCGGUGUACCGGAAUCUUCUGUCGGAAAAAGGUUUUCCUCCGAUUGAUUCUGAGAUCACCACUGCUUGGGACAUUUUCAGUAAAUCAGUGGAGAAAUUCCCUGACAAUAAUAUGCUUGGAUGGCGUCGAAUUGUUGAUGAGAAGGUUGGACCAUAUAUGUGGAAAACGUACAAGGAAGUAUACGAAGAAGUUUUGCAGAUUGGCUCUGCACUACGAGCCGCCGGAGCUGAACCUGGGAGUCGAGUGGGGAUCUACGGUGUUAAUUGUCCUCAGUGGAUCAUAGCAAUGGAGGCUUGUGCAGCUCACACUCUAAUCUGUGUACCUCUAUAUGAUACAUUGGGUUCAGGAGCAGUCGAUUACAUUGUAGAGCAUGCGGAAAUCGACUUUGUGUUUGUCCAAGACACCAAAAUUAAAGGACUUCUUGAGCCAGAUUGCAAAUGUGCUAAACGGCUAAAAGCUAUAGUUUCCUUCACUAACGUGAGCGACGAGCUUAGCCACAAGGCUUCAGAAAUUGGAGUCAAAACAUACUCCUGGAUCGAUUUUCUCCAUAUGGGACGUGAGAAACCGGAAGACACGAACCCGCCUAAGGCGUUUAACAUAUGCACCAUAAUGUACACCAGCGGCACAAGCGGUGAUCCUAAAGGUGUGGUUUUGACUCACCAAGCGGUCGCGACUUUUGUUGUUGGGAUGGAUCUCUAUAUGGACCAGUUUGAAGAUAAGAUGACACAUGAUGAUGUGUAUCUCUCCUUCUUGCCCUUGGCUCAUAUUCUUGACCGUAUGAACGAGGAAUACUUCUUUCGCAAAGGCGCUUCCGUCGGCUAUUACCAUGGAAAUUUGAACGUGUUACGUGACGAUAUUCAAGAACUGAAACCGACUUAUCUAGCUGGAGUACCAAGAGUGUUUGAGAGAAUCCAUGAGGGGAUUCAAAAGGCUCUUCAAGAACUUAACCCAAGAAGGAGAUUCAUCUUCAAUGCUCUCUACAAACACAAGCUUGCGUGGUUGAAUCGUGGGUACUCUCAUAGUAAAGCUUCACCCAUGGCUGAUUUCAUUGCUUUCAGAAAGAUUAGAGACAAAUUGGGAGGUCGCAUCCGGUUGCUAGUAUCUGGAGGAGCACCUUUGAGCCCUGAGAUUGAAGAGUUUUUGAGAGUUACUUGUUGUUGCUUUGUCGUUCAAGGCUACGGUCUAACGGAGACACUUGGAGGAACGGCUUUGGGUUUCCCGGACGAGAUGUGUAUGCUAGGGACAGUCGGUAUUCCAGCGGUUUACAACGAGAUACGGCUUGAAGAGGUGUCUGAAAUGGGCUAUGACCCGCUCGGAGAAAAUCCGGCAGGAGAGAUCUGUAUAAGAGGACAAUGUAUGUUUUCAGGGUAUUACAAGAACCCUGAACUCACUGAAGAAGUCAUGAAAGAUGGAUGGUUCCACACAGGAGAUAUAGGUGAGAUUCUUCCAAACGGAGUACUCAAGAUCAUCGAUCGUAAAAAGAAUCUGAUCAAACUUUCUCAAGGAGAAUAUGUUGCUCUCGAGCAUUUGGAAAACAUCUUCGGGCAAAACUCUGUUGUCCAAGAUAUAUGGGUUUAUGGAGACAGCUUCAAAUCUAUGCUUGUCGCGGUGGUUGUUCCCAACCCAGAAACCGUCAACAGGUGGGCUAAAGAUCUCGGUUUUACUAAACCAUUCGAAGAACUCUGUUCUUUCCCGGAACUAAAAGAACACAUCAUUUCAGAACUGAAGUCCACGGCAGAAAAGAACAAGCUAAGAAAGUUUGAGUACAUCAAAGCGGUGACAGUGGAGACAAAACCUUUCGACGUAGAGAGAGACUUAGUGACUGCGACGCUCAAGAAUCGGAGGAACAAUCUUCUCAAAUAUUAUCAGGUGCAAAUCGACGAAAUGUACCGCAAAUUGGCCUCAAAGAAAAUCUGAAAGUGUUGCGAUGAUGUGUGUGCUGUUAUUGAUAGUUAUAUAUGUACGUUAUAUGUAUCAAUAAUUCAUAGAUAUGAGCUUUAUGCUUUAUGUAAUAUUUUAUUUUUAUGUUGUAUGACAUCAUAAUUAUGGAAUUUUUUUUUGUUGAUUUUUGCUUUGGUAAUGUAACUCUCUAUUUGUAUCCAUAAUCUACCAAAAUCCACGUAACUACCACU